AUGGGCCAUGAGCCGAUUUGUGCGCUGGCGUACCUGGGAAGUCUGGGGAUUGCCGAGGCGCUGCGCCAGGGGGCGGACAUGGUCAUUUGCGGACGAGUGUCAGAUGCUGCGCCGACAGUCGGCCUCGCCGCGUGGUGGCACAACUGGAGCUCCGACCAGUUCGACGAGCUCGCGGGAGCACUGAUCGCCGGUCACCUCAUCGAGUGCUCCGUGUUCGUGACGGGUGGGUAUUACAGCCGCUUCAAGGAUCUCAUGGCCGCCAAGAAACACCUCGAUCUCGGUUUUCCCAUUGCAGAAGUAUUCUCGAAUGGCGAAUGCCGGGUUGCCAAGGAGAAAGAAUCCAAUGGCAUCGUCAACAUCGAGACCGUGACAUCGCAGUUAGUCUACGAGAUCUCUGGGCCUCUCUACUUCAACUCUGAUGUCGUGGCAUCUGUCCAUGACAUCAAGCUCGAACAGAUCAGCGAGGACUAUGUCCAUGUCUCGGGCGUCAAGGGUCUGCCGCCGCCUGAUACUACACGUGUGGGUGUUACGGCCCACGGCGGGUAUCAGGCAGAGUGGCAUUUCUAUCUCGUUGGGCUGGACAUAGAAGAAAAGUGCCAGUGGAUGGAGGAGCAGGCUCGCCAUGCAAUCGGCGAGGAGAUUAUGAGCCAGUUCACAAUGCUCAAAUUCCAGGUACACGGCACAAGCCCUGCCGACCCCGCGAAUCAAGAAGUUGCCACUGUCGAUUUCCGCAUCUUCGCACAAGGGCCCCGGGCGGAGCUUUUCGAUGGCAGCAAGCCGGACGGGUUCGCGAGGAAGCUGUACGAGACGGUCCUGCAGUCGUGUCCGGGCGUGUCUCGACCAAAUGACCUGCGGCAAUCCACAGCAAAGAGCUAUUGGGAGUACUUUGUCACGCUCAUCCCUCAGGCCGCCUGCUGCCACCGCGUACAUCUCCUCUUCAACCCGGCUCACGGCAACAAGACAGUCAUCCUUAUCCCUUUACCCCCGAGGACGAGCGUCUACGGCCCCCAGGAAUCAUACGAUCCUCCUGAGCCAUUCUCUCCAGAGACUUAUGGCCCAACCGUCCACGCGCCACUUGGCACCAUAGCGCUCGCCCGCUCUGGCGAUAAAGCCUCCGACGCCAACGUUGGCCUCUUUGUCUCCCAUGACGCAGGCGGCGACGUUUGGCAAUGGCUCCGCACAUUCCUGACCAUCGACAGACUCAAGCAGCUGCUCGGCCCGCACGAGUACAGCGGCGGACGCAUCGACCGGUUCGAGCUGGAGAACAUCCGCGCCGUGCACUUUCUGCUCAAGAACCACCUCGACAGGGGCUACAACUCGGGCAGCAAGCUCGACACGCUGGCCAAGAACCUUGGCGAGUACCUCAGGGCAAAGCACGUGCCUGUCCCGGUCAAGUUUCUUGCGACUGCGAGUCUGCGACCAAGGAUCGGUCCGGGUGAAGGCCGCGGUCAUACUACCAGAGACGCACGGCAAGCAGGCCAAUUCAGCGACAAAGUCAUCGCAGUCACGGGUGCGGCGCAGGGGAUUGGCUACAUCACGGCCGUCGCGCUCGCCGAACGCGGUGCAUCGCUGUCCCUCGCUGAUGUACAGCCCGCGGCUCUCGCGCAAGCAAAAGAAAACAUCCUCACCAGAGCCCCCAGCACCAGCAUCAUCACCACCGCGCUCGACGUGCGCAGGGAAGACCAGGUCUCGUCCUGGAUCGCAGGCACGGUCGCACACUUUGGCCGCCUCAACGGCGCGGCCAACAUUGCGGGCGUGGUGCCCAGGAGCAUCGCCAGCGAGGCCGGGCUGGUCGAGCACCUCGACGCCGACGAGUGGGAGUUCGUCAUGGGCGUCAACGCCACGGGCGUCAUGUACUGCAUGAAGCACCAGCUCUCCGUGAUGCGCGGGCGGGGAUGCGCCGUGGUCAACGCAGCGAGCAUCGCGGGUCUGACGGGGAGGCCCAGGACAGGGGCGUAUGCGGCGAGCAAGCAUGCCGUGGUCGGGCUGACACGAUCCGCGGCCAAGGAGGUUGGGGAGAGGGGAGUGAGAGUAAACGCCAUCUGCCCUGGAAGGAUCGAUACGCCAAUGUCUCGCGCUGCUGCUGCCGCCGCCACGGUAGUGGGCAGAGGAGCAGACUACGAUAAGGAGACAUUGUCGGACAUUGCGCUGCGGAGAAAGGGACAACCAGAAGAGGUGGCGGACCUGGUUUGUUUCCUGCUCAGCGACGAGUCUUCAUACAUCACUGGCAAUGCUAUAAGCAUUGAUGGCGGAUGGAAUUGCUAG